AUGCAGAACGAAGGACUGAAUGGGGGUGGAACACUCUUCGUGAACAAGCAUCCAGACCUUAGAGUUCGAGUGGUCCAUGGCAACACAUUAACUGCUGCUGUUAUUCUCAACGAGAUUCCAAAGGAUGUCAAGGAAGUUCUCCAUAUGCUGACUCUAUCAAUGGAGAGAUUUCAAAAGAUUCAGAAGGAAGCGCCGGCAGAUUGCCAACAAUACCUUGUCCAAGUAACAAAGUACCAAGCCGCCCAAAAUUUCAAGACAUGGAAUGGGAAAUGGAUCACACCAAAAGAACAACUUUGGGCCCCAAGUGGAACUCAUUUCCAUGAGUUCGUGGUUCCACCCAUCUUGAAGUUCAGAAGAGACUGCACUUAUGGUGAUCUUGCAGCCAUGAGGUUACCUGCUGACGUUGAAGGCCUUGGCAACUGCGAGUACACGAUGGACAGAGGAGUAGUCUAUGCAUGCCAUGCGGGAGGCGUUGUUCAUUACCUGGAAGGUUGGACUCACCACGAAGUAGGGGCUCUUGAUGUCGACAGAAUUGACCUUGUAUGGAAUGUUGCUCUGAAUCAUGGAUUAAAGCCAGUUUCAUCGAAGCCAGGUUAAUUCACUAUUACAUAUACCGGAGUGAAUUAUUAAAGCUUUUGGUUGUGUGUUAUAAGUACCAGUGGAUAUUUAAUUAAGUUCUCGUCCUUUUUUUUUUAAUUUUUUAUGGAAAAAUAAAUUACUCGAAGAAAGAAACCUUGAGUACAACCGUUUCUAGUACAAUCAAAGAGAUGUUGGAUAAUGUUGCCACAUCAGUUAAGCCAAGUCAGCAAAGUUAGUUAGCCAUGUCAGCAAGAGUUAGUUGGAGCUGUUGUUAGUUAGAAAUGGUUGGCAAUGUUGAGUCUGUUAGCUUGGCUAACUUAGGCGCCAAGCUUUAGUCUUCAUAUAAAACAUUGUAAAAGCUAGAGUGUAAUUCAUUCAAGUUAAUCAAAUACAAUCUUGAAA